GGUUUCCAACUGUCUAAGAGGCAAGCUGCACAGACUAGUGGCUAAAGGAGAACAGAGCAGUGGAACGCAGGGAAACUAGUUCAGAUGAGUCCCUUUUCAUUUACUAGGAAAGGAAGGGACUGACAGCUAUAUGUCUGGUUUUAGAGUGGUGAAAGAGAUUCUGUUUCCAGGAAACCCAGAUCCUUGUGACAGUUAUGACACGCAGUGGUGGGUUUGAUAUUGGAAUGAAGGAAGUGGUGGGUUUGAUAUUGAAAUGAAGGAAGUGGUGGGUUUGAUAUUGGAAUGAAUGCAGUUCUACGGAGUGAUGCACCCUGGACCGUCACUGGCUUUAGCAAUCAUCGCAUGUUUUCUGCAGAGAUACUUCUGUGUAAGUCGCUGGGACAAGGAAGAAGGUUUGAAGCCAGGCUCCGAGACGUACGGCUACAAAGCUUUCUCUGGGGAGGGGUUUGUCAUGCAAUGUACCAAACCACAGUCCGCCGGUCUCUGUGAGCGCCUCUACAACAUCACAGCCAGCUCUGAGGAAGCUGAUUGGUCGAAGGCCGAGGGGGAAACCAACAGAGACAGAGAUGACGGGGCCGUGACAGGACGGGGGAACGCGCUCUGGUUCUCUACCGUUACUGCAAAGGACUCUGGGAAGUACACAUGCCACACAGGUGGUAUGGUGAUCCACGUCUAUGUGGAGGUGCUGGAGAGGGCCAGCCUGGGGUGCAGGGACACAGAGGAGAACAGAGUCACUCUGGUUCUGGGCAAAGGUGGCAGGAUCCCAUGCCCUGGGAUCAAAUGUCAGACACAGAGGUCAGAGGUCACAUGGUACAAGGAUGCCAGGCCUGUGUGUGAGAUACAGGAUAAGAGGACUAUCUCUGUGGAAGACAGGUAUACUCUUCUGCUGGGUACUGUCUAUGUGAGUGAUGCUACAGUGUAUUUCUGUGACUACACCUACGAAGACAACGGGAUCCCCUGGACAGUCAGGAGAUCUGUUAACGUCUCGGUCAUACCCGCUGACUCCAAAGACCCUCCACAGAUUAGACCUGGGGAGCCUCAUAAUCUGAGCUGUCAGGUGCAUUUUGGGUUCCAGAGGACCUUUGACCCAGUGGUCCAGUGGUGGAUCAGUUCCCAUAGCAACCAUGAAGGCAUGAUGAAACUGAUGGAGAUGGAAGCACAGCAGGUGUGGGAAAGGAGUAUUGAAGAGUUGGAGUUCACGGUCACCAGGACAGCUCAAAUCCCGGAGGUGACCCAGCUACACCUGGACUCCACCUUCACCUGUCUGGCCCAGAACUCUGUAGGCAACAGCAGCGCCACCAUCAGGCUGACAAGGAAAUCUGCAGUUUCCCGUGUGCUGGUGAUAGUGUGUCCGGUGGUGUCUCUGCUGUUUGUAGCUGGGAUGGGCAUUACAGUGCACCUCUACUGGCUAGAGAUCUCUAUUCUCUACAGAAUCUACCUCCCAUACAAACAGACCACCACAGACGACAAGGAAUAUGAUGCCUUUGUGUCCUACGUGCCCAGCUCUUCCUCUGAGGAGGCGGGGGGACGAGGAAGAGGAGAGGAGGCGCUGGAGGUGCUCCUGCCCAGGGUUCUGGAGGGGCAGUGGGGCUACCACCUCUUUCUGCUAGAGAGAGACCUGCUGCCGGGCGGAGCGUAUACAGAGGAUGUGGUGUGUGCGAUCCGCAGCAGCAGGCGACUGGUGUGUGUCCUGAGUCCUGACUACCUGGCCAGUACCUGUCUGUUUGAACUGGAGACAGGCAUCAGAGCCUUACAACAAGACCCACACUUCAGACUCAUCCUCAUCUGGACCAGCCCCAACCCCAGUCCUAGCCCCACCAUCCCCAACCCCAGUCCUAGCCCCACCAUCCCCAACCCCAGUCCUAGCCCCACCAGCCCCAACACCAGUCCUAGCCCCACCAUCCCCAACCCCAGUCCUAGCCCCACCAUCCCCAACCCCAGUCCUAGCCCCACCAUCCCCAACCCCAGUCCUAGCCCCACCAUCCCCAACCCCAGUCCUAGCCCCACCAUCCCCAACCCCAGUCCUAGCCCCACCAUCCCCAACCCCAGUCCUAGCCCCACCAUCCCCAACCCCAGUCCUAGCCCCACCAUCCCCAACCCCAGCCCUAGCCCCACCAUCCCCAACCCCAGUCCUAGCCCCACCAUCCCCAACCCCAGUCCUAGCCCCACCAUCCCCAACCCCAGUCCUAGCCCCACCAUCCCCAACCCCAGUCCUAGCCCCACCAUCCCCAACCCCAGUCCUAGCCCCACCAUCCCCAACCCCAGUCCUAGCCCCAGCACCACCAGCCCAACCAGCAGCAGGCCUCUAUCUCUACCCCUGUCUCACACCCUGGGCAUGGUGACUCCAGCCUCACCGCUGCCUCCACUAGUUCGGAGGGCCAUCAGAGUCCUGCCUGCUCUGCACUGGACCCCCCAGGACCAGGGAAGGAUGAUAACUAGCUCCAACUCUGGAUCACGGUUCUGGAGAUCCCUCCACAAGGCCAUGCCAGCCCAGAGUGGGACUGGGACAGACACACAGACACUGUUAGACAGACACACAGACACCCAGGACAGAGUGACUGUUUUGUAGUCGUUAGGGCGGUUCUCCAGUAACUUGACACCUUGUAUAUAUAUUUUUUGGGGUUGAGGGACCUGUGGUUUCAUGGUUGUUGCUUCUAAGAAUGUGUCGUUAAGUCCUGGAACCUGGUAACGUAGUGGUUAGCAGUCAAAGCAGUGGUUCCUGGUAAAUAGCAGUCAAGGCAGUGGUUCCUGGUAAAUGGCAGUCAAAGCAGUGGUUCCUGGUAAAUAGCAGUCAAAGCAGUGGUUCCUGGUAAAUGGCAGUCAAUGCAGUGGUUCCUGGUAAAUGGCAGUCAAAGCAGUGGUUCCUGGUAAAUAGCAGUCAAUGCAGUGGUUCCUGGUAAAUAGCAGUCAAAGCAGUGGUUCCUGGUAAAUAGCAGUCAAAGCAGUGGUUCCUGGUAAAUGGCAGUCAAAGCAGUGGUUCCUGGUAAAUGGCAGUCAAAGCAGUGGUUCCUGGUAAAUAGCAGUCAAAGCAGUGGUUCCUGGUAAAUGGCAGUCAAAGCAGUGGUUCCUGGUAAAUGGCAGUCAAAGCAGUGGUUCCUGGUAAAUGGCAGUCAAUGCAGUGGUUCCUGGUAAAUGGUAGUCAAAGCAGUGGUUCCUGGUAAAUGGCAGUCAAAGCAGUGGUUCCUGGUAAAUGGCAGUCAAAGCAGUGGUUCCUGGUAAAUGGCAGUCAAAGCAGUGGUUCCUGGUAAAUAGCAGUCAAAGCAGUGGUUCCUGGUAAAUAGCAGUCAAAGCAGUGGUUCCUGGUAAAUAGCAGUCAAUGCAGUGGUUCCUGGUAAAUGGUAGUCAAAGCAGUGGUUCCUGGUAAAUAGCAGUCAAAGCAGUGGUUCCUGGUAAAUGGUAGUCAAAGCAGUGGUUCCUGGUAAAUGGUAGUCAAAGCAGUGGUUCCUGGUAAAUGGCAGUCAAAGCAGUGGUUCCUGGUAAAUGGUAGUCAAAGCAGUGGUUCCUGGUAAAUAGCAGUCAAAGCAGUGGUUCCUGGUAAAUGGUAGUCAAAGCAGUGGUUCCUGGUAAAUGGCAGUCAAAGCAGUGGUUCCUGGUAAAUGGUAGUCAAAGCAGUGGUUCCUGGUAAAUGGCAGUCAAUGCAGUGGUUCCUGGUAAAUAACAGUCAAAGCAGUGGUUCCUGGUAAAUGGUAGUCAAAGCAGUGGUUCCUGGUAAAUAGCAGUCAAAGCAGUGGUUCCUGGUAAAUGGUAGUCAAAGCAGUGGUUCCUGGUAAAUGGUAGUCAAAGCAGUGGUUCCUGGUAAAUAACAGUCAAAGCAGUGUUUCCUGGUAAAUAGCAGUCAAAGCAGUGGUUCCUGGUAAAUAACAGUCAAAGCAGUGGUUCCUGGUAAAUGGCAGUCAAUGCAGUGGUUCCUGGUAAAUAGCAAUCAAAGCAGUGGUUCCUGGUAAAUAGCAGUCAAAGCAGUGGUUCCUGGUAAAUAGCAAUCAAAGCAGUGGUUCCUGGUAAAUGGCAGUCAAAGCAGUGGUUCCUGGUAAAUGGCAGUCAAAGCAGUGGUUCCUGGUAAAUGGCAGUCAAAGCAGUGGUUCCUGGUAAAUGGCAGUCAAUGCAGUGGUUCCUGGUAAAUAGCAGUCAAAGCAGUGGUUCCUGGUAAAUAGCAGUCAAAGCAGUGGUUCCUGGUAAAUAGCAGUCAAUGCAGUGGUUCCUGGUAAAUGGUAGUCAAAGCAGUGGUUCCUGGUAAAUAGCAGUCAAAGCAGUGGUUCCUGGUAAAUGGCAGUCAAAGCAGUGGUUCCUGGUAAAUGGCAGUCAAAGCAGUGGUUCCUGGUAAAUAGCAGUCAAAGCAGUGGUUCCUGGUAAAUAGCAGUCAAUGCAGUGGUUCCUGGUAAAUGGUAGUCAAAGCAGUGGUUCCUGGUAAAUGGCAGUCAAAGCAGUGGUUCCUGGUAAAUAGCAGUCAAUGCAGUGGUUCCUGGUAAAUGGUAGUCAAAGCAGUGGUUCCUGGUAAAUAGCAGUCAAAGCAGUGGUUCCUGGUAAAUAGCAGUCAAUGCAGUGGUUCCUGGUAAAUGGUAGUCAAAGCAGUGGUUCCUGGUAAAUAGAAGUCAAAGCAGUGGUUCCUGGUAAAUAGCAGUCAAUGCAGUGGUUCCUGGUAAAUGGCAGUCAAAGCAGUGGUUCCUGGUAAAUGGCAGUCAAUGCAGUGGUUCCUGGUAAAUGGUAGUCAAAGCAGUGGUUCCUGGUAAAUAGCAGUCAAAGCAGUGGUUCCUGGUAAAUAGCAGUCAAUGCAGUGGUUCCUGGUAAAUGGUAGUCAAAGCAGUGGUUCCUGGUAAAUAGCAGUCAAAGCAGUGGUUCCUGGUAAAUGUCAGUCAAAGCAGUGGUUCCUGGUAAAUAGCAGUCAAAGCAGUGGUUCCUGGUAAAUAGCAGUCAAAGCAGUGGUUCCUGGUAAAUAGCAGUCAAUGCAGUGGUUCCUGGUAAAUGGUAGUCAAAGCAGUGGUUCCUGGUAAAUAGCAGUCAAAGCAGUGGUUCCUGGUAAAUGGCAGUCAAAGCAGUGGUUCCUGGUAAAUGGCAGUCAAAGCAGUGGUUCCUGGUAAAUAGCAGUCAAAGCAGUGGUUCCUGAUAAAUAGCAGUCAAUGCAGUGGUUCCUGGUAAAUGGUAGUCAAAGCAGUGGUUCCUGGUAAAUGGCAGUCAAAGCAGUGGUUCCUGGUAAAUAGCAGUCAAUGCAGUGGUUCCUGGUAAAUGGUAGUCAAAGCAGUGGUUCCUGGUAAAUAGCAGUCAAAGCAGUGGUUCCUGGUAAAUAGCAGUCAAUGCAGUGGUUCCUGGUAAAUGGUAGUCAAAGCAGUGGUUCCUGGUAAAUAGCAGUCAAAGCAGUGGUUCCUGGUAAAUAGCAGUCAAUGCAGUGGUUCCUGGUAAAUGGCAGUCAAAGCAGUGGUUCCUGGUAAAUGGCAGUCAAUGCAGUGGUUCCUGGUAAAUGGUAGUCAAAGCAGUGGUUCCUGGUAAAUAGCAGUCAAAGCAGUGGUUCCUGGUAAAUAGCAGUCAAUGCAGUGGUUCCUGGUAAAUGGUAGUCAAAGCAGUGGUUCCUGGUAAAUAGCAGUCAAAGCAGUGGUUCCUGGUAAAUGUCAGUCAAAGCAGUGGUUCCUGGUAAAUAGCAGUCAAUGCAGUGGUUCCUGGUAAAUGUCAGUCAGUGCAGAUCCUGGGUGUGUUCUUUUUUCAGUAAUUGGUCUUUUAAACCAACCAGGUCAGGUUUUUUCUCCAAUAACUGUGCUAAAGAUCAGAGUCCUUAAAGCACACCGUAGCACAAGGUUUUGGACCAUAGCAAAACCUUUGGCAAACGGAAAAUGUUUUGCAACAAAAACUACUUUCUAUUGGACAAAUUCAGGUUCUGACCCCGUUUCUCUUGCUUCUGUUGAGUUCUGUUUGUUUCCUAGUUAAUACACCCCAGAAGAGGUAUUUAUUUAUAUUACAAACCAACUACAGUACAGAGAAGGACCUAACAUACUUGCAUAAGCUACAGUUAGAGACAGCUGUUGACAGCAGAAUAACUAGUUUCCUUAUGUGAAGGAAAAAAUGUCUUUCCAUUUUGAAAGAAUAUAAUAGCACAGAUAGAACAAUAAGACCGAUAUUUCACCGGGUGUAUAAAUGUGAAGCAUCCGCUUGUUCUGCCCACCACGGCUCAUUCAUUCCCCUUUUGAAACGACAGGGUGUGGUCUAUCUUGGUUUAGUUAUAACAAUCUUUGAUAAUUACUGUCCUCCGCUCCUCUUCUUAUACCCAGUAACAUCAUCAAGAUUGUCAUUGAGGCUUUACAUGAUUUAUGCAUUUGAAGAAUGUAUAUGAUACACUGGUAUGUGCAUUGUGGUUCAAUUGAUUUUUUUGUUGUUGCAUAAAUAUCAUUAAAAAAUACAUUUCAUUUUGGAAUUGAAUGUAAGUUUAUUGUCCUAAUAUGAAUAUUUCUACAUGUCAACCUCAGGCACGGGAGAAAUGGUUCCUGUCUGGGAUCACUCUGUAAAGGCAUGACAGACAGUGAGGGAAAGGCCAGGGUUGAAAACCCUGUUAGGACUGUUAUAAAGUAGUGAUAUAUCCUAGAUGAGUCAAACUAUUAUUAAGUUGUCUUGAAGUUCCCUUUCCCAAAACGUAUCCUCAUUGCUCUGAACUACACCCACUCCAGUCUGCUAUAUAACACACACACACACACACACACACACACACACACACACACACACACACACACACACACACACACACACACACACACACACACACACACACACACACACACAUACACACACACACACACACACA